AUGACCUCUGCGAUCGCGCAGCCAUGCCCAGGAGUAAAGGGAACUCGAUACAAGGCGGGAGUUGCGGGUUUAAAGGCAACUCGGUGCACCGGGCCCGCCUCACGCCGUUCCUGGGGCAAGGGUCGGAACCGCCUCACGCCGCGCCGGGCUCAAAAGAACAUGAGCUGUAUGGAAAUAACGGGCGUGGAAGUCACUUCGUCGGCGAAUUUAUCUCCUCCGAAUAGCGCGUGCAGCAACCCCGAUUCUCCGGGAAAAGCAAAAGCGAAUUGCACGCUCUGUGUAAGCCACUUCAACUACACCGUCAGUGAGAGAGUUGGGCCUUGGUGGGACGUACAGUUGUACCUUAAAAAGUGGACAAGGCACAUCCUGAAAGAUGUUUCAUUUUAUGUGGAAAGUGGACAACUUAUGGGAAUUUUAGGAAAUUCUGGGUCUGGAAAGACUACCCUGCUGGAUGCAAUUGCAGGAAGAUUACGAGGGCCAGCAAACCUAACUGGUGAUGUAUAUGUGAAUGGAUGCAAAGUUAGGAAGGGAGAUUUUCACAACUACUUUUCCUAUGUUUUACAGAGUGACAAUUUACUCAGUUACCUUACAGUGGAGGAAACACUGACAUACAUAGCUUUGCUCACACUUUGUGGAGAUACCAAUGCCAUCAAAGAGAAGGUGAAAUCUGUCAUGUUAGAGCUUAGCCUAAGUCAUGUAGCCAAUCAGGUGAUUGGUGGCCGUGUGUUUCGAGGAAUUUCAGGUGGUGAAAGACGUCGGGUCUCUAUUGCUGCACAGCUUCUCCAAGAUCCAAAAGUCAUCUUACUCGAUGAACCAACCACAGGUCUGGAUAGUAUGACGUCCAACCAGAUUAUUCGUUUACUCUCCGAACUAGCUCACAAAAAUCGAAUAGUUAUCCUGUCAAUUCAUCAACCUAGGUCAGAACUUUUCAAGUUAUUUGACAGAAUUGCAAUAAUGAGUUGUGGAGAGUUGGUGUUCUGUGGUGGAACCGAAGAUAUAGUAGAAUUUUUCGGAAGUUGUGGCUAUCAAUGUCCUGAAUAUUGCAAUCCAUUUGAUUUAUAUGUGGACCUGACAUCUGUUGACACCAGAAGCAAGGAGAGAGAAAUUGAGACUUACAGCAGAGUCCAAGAAAUUUCAACAUCCUAUCAAAAUUCAAGAAUAUUUAAUGACACCCUGCAGCUUAUUGAUGCUGCAAAGAAAACAAACCAGUUGACAUCCAUUCCUUUCAAGAACACAGCUUCUCCAAGCGUACUCUUCAAACUCUGGAUACUGAUCAGGCGAAUUGUGAGAAAUUUAUCAAGAAACAAAACUGGGAUAUUAAUGCGCCUCUCCCAAAACCUGCUGUAUGGCUUGUUUGUUGUGUUCUUCUUGAUGAGGUUGAACAAUGAUGCAUCAACAGGUGCUCUGCAGGACCGAAUUGGAAUCAUCUACCAAAGCAUAGGUGCCCCACCAUAUACUGGGAUGCUGAAUGCUGUUGCUUUAUACCCUUCAUUACGUUCAGUCAGUGACCAGGAAAACUCAGAUGGCAUUUAUCAGAAAUGGUUGAUGUUGAUGGCCUACAUUAUUCACAUCCUUCCUUUCAGCAUUGUUAGUGUGGCUAUUUACAGCACUUUUGUCUACUGGACUCUGGGAAUGUUUCCAUUGUGGGAGCGAUUUGGAUGUUUUUUUGCUGUACUCAUUGUUCCACAUCUAGUUGGUGAACUUCUGACACUCAUCUUACUCGGUGUUGUUCAGAAUCCCAAUUUAGUUAAUAGUGCUGUGGCUUUGAUUAAUGUUGCAGGACUUCUGGUGGGAUCAGGUUUCCUAAGGAGUGCAGAAGGAAUGCCCGAACUGUUUCGCUGGCUGAGUUACCUCACAUUUCAGAAAUAUGGUGUGGAAGUCCUGAUGGUUAAUGAGUUUUAUGGUCUAAAUUUUACAUGCGGGAAUGGUGCACAGACAUCUCCUAACACCACAAGUGCUUUUUGCCAGCUUACCCAAGGGGUUCAAUAUCUUGACGCUACAUAUCCAGGGGCACCUUCCAGAUUCGUCUUUGAUUUUCUGAUGCUGUAUGCCUUCUUGCCUGCUCUAGUUAUCUUUGGCAUUAUUAGCUUUAAGAUUCGAGAUUCAAUACAAUGGUAAUGAGAACAAUGAUCAGGAACUUGUAAUGCAUACACUCUGCAAAGGAUGAGAGGAAAAAGGUUCAAAUUUAAAGUUAUCUUUUCAUGUGGUCAGUGCUUUACACCUUGCCUGCUGAUUACAGUUCUUUCCUACAUUUCAUCAGUAUUAUGAGUGAAAAUUUUAAUGCAGCUAGCACCACAGCCAAGGCAAAGUCAAUCCCUUUCUCAAUUCUGCAUUGAAUGGUAGGAUGAAGAUAAUGCAAGAAUCCUGACAGAUACCUUUCCUUCUCGAGAGUAAAUUUUACCUAAAGUGCUUCUUUAGGUAAUAUCUAGAAUGCAGAUACUUGAUAUUCCUGUCCUGUGUUUUUAAUGAUCUUUCAUUGAUCCUGUUAUAGUUACUAUUUUAUAAAUUUUGCUGAGUAUGCCCACAGGAAAAUGAAUCUCAGGGUUGUAUAUGGUGACAUAUGUACUUUGAUAAUAAAUUUACUUUGAACUUUAAUGGAACUUUCCUAACUAUGAGGGGGAGAAGGAAAGCAGAGGGGUUUAACAAUUUAUUUGAACUUUAGCCACAGACAUGAAUCUGGGACCAUUUUAAGUAAAAAGCAAUCAGGUUGAAUUUUGAUAAGAGCAUGCAAAAAAAAAAAUGAUUGUUUAUUGAAGCAGCCAAAUAUGAUAGUGGACUGGUCACGGAGAAAAUGUAUGGUAGAAAUAGAUUGGGUAGAGAGAUAUUUACACUGUAAAAUAUUAAGUUAAAGUGGAUAAUGUUUGUGUAAGGUAUUUCUAUUCCUACCCAUAUACUUCAACACAUGCCUGAUAUAUUAGCUAAUAUUAAAAUAUUUUAGUCAAUUUGUAUCAGUGUACCAAUUUUCAUACAAAUUUUCAAACAAGAAAAACAACAAAGGCACAGUUUUCCACAAUUUCUAAAUGUGGCCCAUGACAGUGGAUGGCUUUUUGAUAUCACAGACAUAAAAAUACUAUUUGCACAUCCUAUAAAGAUUGGUCAUUUUGCUUUCAGUCUAAAUCUUUGUGGUGUAUGCUGAUUUUUAAUUGUUGGUACCACAUUCACAGAAUAAGUUAUUUUGAAAAUAAGUUUCUGAACAAAACAAAACUAAAUCUGAUUUUCUUUAUGUUCCAGUUCUAUAGCAAUGAAAUAAGAAAUUGUAGAGUUGUAAAUAAAAGGUAAUAAAACUGCAUUAUCAAAAAAUAUUUUGGUAUAUUUUGUUACAAGUUUAGCAAAAAGUUUUGAUGUUCAUAGUUGCAAUCUUAAAGUAAUUUGGGUUGAUAAUUUGGUUGCAGUAAUUUUUUUUGUCAUGAUAGUACUCAAGAGUACAGUACCUGUUUUGGGAGUCUGAUAUUGGCUUUGCCUGUCUGGUGUAUUUAAAGACUAGAUGCUAGGAAUGCCUGGUAGAGGAUACUGAUACUGACUGGUUCACUGUCCUGCCAGUGGAGUUGUAGGAUUUUGCAGAGAUAGGUUCCACCAGCACUUUUCACAGACAUCCUGUCUGUGGUAGGUAGUCCAUACCUUUGAAGUACAGAAGGAAGUGGAAAUCAUUGUCCAAUAGAUAAUGAAUUUUAUACCAGGUAAAACGCAAUGUACCAGCAGAAUGAAGGCAAUUUUGAAUUCAUUGAUAUUUAAGUCGAUGAAAGGUGGCUACUUAGAUAUGCUAACAGAAGCACAUCCUCCAGAACCUUAUUACAAACCUUUACUGCCAGAGUGUUGGACCAUGCAAUGGAGGUAGGUUGGCAGAAAACCUUUGCUUUGCAAAUACAUUCUGCCCAUUCUCUCAUACCUUUCAGUGAAUAAUUUGACAUUGACGUGGAAUUUGGCUUUUGAAUGUACGAAUACAUGUAUGAGUGUCAUCUUCAUAAUUCACCUUUAAAGAGUUGCAGUUACUAUGGUUCUGGAGUUGAAAUGUUUAUAGGCUGAAUAGUUAUUCAUUUGCUUCAAUAGGGAUUAGCUCCACUCCUGCUUCAAGUUUUGGAAGUGAGAUGUAGUAUCCUGUUGACAAAGUGCAACUAUGACAGGAUCAGAUCGGAUGCUAGAAAUGCGCUUAACCAACAGGACGUUAGGUCUGUUGCGGAUUGGUGUCAAGCAAAGCUAUAUCAUUGUCUCCCAACACACACACCCCCACAUCCCCCAGGACUAGGAUUGUCAGACCUGGUAACAGCUUCUUCCCUCAGGCUGAGAGACAAUGAAUAUCCUGCCACCACUGAGAUCUUGCCACUAGGACAGCAAGCUAUUUACUAUAUGGUUUACUUUUUAUAGUAUAAUAUUUUGGUUAAUGUGCUGUGUGUGAUAUAUGUUGUGUGGGUGCACCGUGGUCUGGAGAACAUUGCUUUGUUUGGUUGUGUAUAUGUA